AGUAUUUUUCAACUUUGCAUUCGUCUAGUUGUGGAAUCCUUCUUAAUAGUACUGUUUUAGAAUUGCUAAGAUGAAGUCAAGUUUUGAAGAAUUGAAGAAGAAGAAGAAGAAAGGCGAAGGAGAGCAUUCGAAGGCAUAAACAUAAAGAAAUUGAAGAUAAUGCGAACCCUUUGCGACGUAUGCGAGAGCGCCGCUGCCAUUCUCUUCUGCGCCGCUGAUGAGGCCGCUCUCUGCUCCGCUUGUGACCACAAGAUCCAUAUGUGUAACAAACUUGCUAGUAGGCAUGUUCGAGUUGGCCUUGCUGACCCCACUGAUGUUCCACGCUGUGACAUAUGUGAAAAUGCACCUGCUUUCUUUUACUGUGAGAUAGAUGGUAGUUCGCUGUGUCUGCAAUGUGAUAUGAUUGUGCAUGUUGGUGGUAAAAGAACCCAUGGAAGAUAUCUUCUAUUGAGGCAAAGAGCUCAGUUUCCAGGUGAUAAACCUGCCCAAAUGGAAGAACUAGAGCUGCAACCUAUGGAUCAAAAUGAAUCGAGAAGGGAUGAAAGUCAGUCACUCAAGCUAAAAACAAGAGAUAGUCAGCAGAAUCACAGUGUCUCACCUUUUCCAAGGCAAGAAAAUAAUAUUGAUGGUCAUGGAAAAAUGGAUAAAAAGUUAAUUGAUCUUAAUACCAGGCCACUGCGGUUAAAUGGAUCAGCACCAAACAACCAGGAACAAUGCAUGGAUAUUUUAAGAGGCAAUAAUCAUGAAUCUGCCAGUGUGCCACCAGUAGAAUCCUUCAAACAAGAGUCUGAGAAGUAACAAAGACCUAAUUAAUGACGGAAAAUAGUUGCUUUCAUAUGGAUGAGCUGCAUAAACAAGGUUACUACUGCAUAAAUUCGAGGGUAUAACAUAAAUUGUUGUCCAGGAUAUACCACGUUCCUUAAAGCAGCUUAUGUCCAAUGCAUCCUUAAUAUUUUGGUUUUCCUAGUCUGACAGCAGAGGAACUGUUGGUUUUAAUACAAACUUUAUGAUAUUUUAUUACAUGUCUAUAUAUAUAUGAUUCAACCUUCAAAUUGUUGAAAUCUGCUGCCUUCAGUUUCUGUACUAUCUUAAAAGGGACGGAAUGCUAAUGCAUCGGUUAAAGUAAA